AUGGCAGCUGGCCGCAGUUUCAGGCUCUCAGCAAAUUUAUGUGUCUUUCUCUGUAUUUACGUGGCUUUCGAACGUCAUAGGAUUUCAUACUCAUGGGAGAACACCUUAUCAGACGACAGAGAAACAUUUUUCAUUUCACAGAUCAAUUGCAGGACUGAAAUUGCAGCAGCUUCAUUUCGCCAAAGUCAACCGACCCAUAGGUACGAGUUUGAUCGCCUUCAGAAGGGCGUAAUGCUCUGUAAACUUUUUCAGCACACCUGCUUUGCCCUGACUCUUAUUGCCUUGGCUGGAGAUAUUGAGUCAAAUCCUGGCUACCUGACAUUCGAUGGUAUUAAGACCACUUGA